AUGAACAAUAUCACCAAUCAUGCCUCGCCGCCACGUCCAGCUGUGCUCAGUCCCCCUUUGUCGCCAAAAAAAUACAAGUCCGAGGACUACCGCUACACGGAGAAACAAGAAGCUAAGGUUUCUACGCCGUCCCCAAAGACACCCAGGAUAUAUAGGGUUCGACAGACAGAGAAAUCUCAUGCCAUACUCAUGCCAUCUUCUCCGAACUCGCCACAGAAGGUCCCUAGAAGCCGGCCACGGGCUGAAACCUGCUUGACGGAGAGUCGAAACGUGAACAAUGUGUCGUGCCGGCGCACAUUGUCGGCUGACGAUGUUCACCUUCAUGUGGAGUCACACUGCACCGAUUCGACACACUACAGCAGCUUCAAGAGAUUAUUGCAACGCAUGACUAUGAAGGGCUCACCUCAGUGCGAUGGCACUGACGACGGGGAAGGUUCUUCGGUCGCCAGUAGCGCAUCAUCUGAUGUCAAUGAUAGGGAAGACCUGGAGCCGGAGACGCCUUACACGGACUAUUAUCGCCUUGACCCCAUUUCACUUUCUCCGGGUUACACCCCUUGUCCCAAGCGUAGAUGGAGGGCUAAGGACCCAAAUACCACGGCUGAACUGACCUCCCCCGAGCAUUCACCAUUCCCAAACAUCGGCCCCUAUCCCAUUGGCGUAACAACUCCUCUAACUGAGGCUUCCCCGGCGGUCGAUGCAUUUCUAUUCACCCCCUGCAAACGUCGUGUAACUUCUCUGUCUGCAUUGCCGAGUGGGUACCGUGGCUCGCCGUUAAGACAUAGCCAAUGGCUCUCUCGUGGAGGCUCCUCCCCGCAAGUACAGACACCAAGUCGUAUGGCCGACCGUUUCAUUCCUGCGCGGCGCUCACCAAACAGUUCAACAGAGAGCUUUUUUACUAGUAAGCCUACAAGUGCGUUGACCGAUCCAGAAAGACUGCACCGCCGAGCAAGUGGAACCCCAAACCCAUUCGCUCGCCAGUUGCGCAGGAGUAGUAGGCUUACCAAUCAGCUGCGUGCACUGCGGCAAAGCCAAAACCGUCCGAACGUUAGGAACAACUCUUUCACAGCUUCACGACCGUCCGUCACAACCCCUCGCCAGAUCAGCGAUGGUGCUAUUUGGCAAGUUGGUGGUAGCGCUGUGGCGGGUGAUAGUGUUGUGGGGAUUUCGACAGGCCAAGGAGGUCUGCUUGGCAGUGGUACUAAUGCGCCUUUGUACACAUCAAAAUUCUUGCAAAAGGCGGAUCCGGAAAGUGAACUCGAAACCUACGAGAGACGACUGGCCGCGGCAUUCGACAUUGAUCAGUCAUGCCGCAUUCUCGGUGCUACCAAUGCUUCAGACGCCUUAGCAUCGACCAGCCGUGGCUGUACUCCUGACCCUAGUGUCGCUGGUGGAACAGCCUUCGGGCAGGAUGGGCUUUGGAAGGCCUUUCUCGACGCUCCCCAGCUACGCGAUGAUUUCUAUUGCUCCUUGCUGGCUUAUUCUGCAACUGCGAAAUGCCUGGCGGUAGGGCUUGGGAAUUUCGUGCACCUCUGGUCUGAGGAAAAGGGAGUCGAUACUCCGGAGCGUGUGAACAACUUGUCAAACAGUCAUGUCACUACCUUGGCAUUCUCCUCCGCUGCGGGCGGUCAGGCCAUUCUUGCUGUCGGUAGAGCUGAUGGACGGAUUUCUCUGUGGAGCCUAUUUGAUGAAGAACCGCGAUUCGAGGCAUCUCAGCCUAGCCCUAUCGCAUGCGUGUCAUUUCGCCCGAGCGUUGUCAAACGAGGCUCUAUCAAGGCGCCAGAAAUCCAGGUUCCAACCGAGGAGCUUCUGAUAGGCGAUGAAGCUGGACAUAUAUACUUGUACUCUGUCGAAUGGCCACCUGAACAAAGUAUUCAUGCUGUAAGAUUUCACGGAGGUAUGACACUACUCGCACGUAUCACAGUUCAUACGCAGCAAGUCUGUGGAUUGUCUUGGUCUAGUGACGGAGAGUACUUUGCCACCGGAGGCAACGAUAAUGCAUGUUUUCUUUUCGAAACGAAAAAGCUACUUUGUAUAUCGCCUACGCCUGAAAUGACUGCACAGGUCAACGUUGAGAUUGGAGCGGAUGGUGAACGUCGGUGGACAGUGGUUCCAGGUCAUGGAAAUGUUUUAUCCAUUCCAGCCGGUCGCGAGAAACACAAAUGGAUCCUUAAUGCCGCCGUCAAAGCCAUUGCCUUUUGUCCCUGGCAGCGAGGACUAGUCGCAAUCGGCGGUGGGUCCAACGACCGAUGCAUUCAUUUCUAUCACACAAUAUCGGGCGCUGGUCUAGCUACUAUUGACUGUGCGGCGCAAGUGACAUCACUUAUAUGGAGUAACACGAGACGUGAGAUAGCAGCAACUUUCGGUUUUGCACAACCAGACCACCCCUUUCGGAUCGCGGUGUUCUCUUGGCCUGCGUGCGAACAGGUUGUUGCCAUACCCUGGUACGACGAGUCAAGGGCGUUAUUCGCAAUUGGCUACCCUGGGAGUCCAAACACAGGUCAGCGAGACACGGAUGGUGCGGAUAGACUGGGACGGGACAAAGAUGGCUGUAUCGUGGUGGCCGCGAGCGAUGCUGCAAUCAGGUUCCAUGAGGUUUGGAGCGAGGAGAAGCGAAGAUCCAAGCGACGAAUGGGCAUCCUUGGUGGGAGCGAUAUCUUGGAGAGUUUUCACGGGAUUGAGAAGGAAGGACCUGAAGUUCGGUGA